CAGCAUUCCACCAGACAGUUCCGGCCUGCUGAUUCGGUCGCCCGUACUUGCUUGGGGGCAAAGUCGUCAUCUCGACCCCGUCACCUUGGAAGUCUGUCCCUUGAAGCCCUGGCCAGUUACCCCUCAGGCCGCAGAACAGAGACAAGAGCAGCCAGCGAAUUCGACGAGAAGAUACCUAUACUUUGAUUCCACGAGUGAACAAGAGGGGCGUUACCAUCGACAAAACCAACCAAAGGGAAGCGAUGUCGCACCUCACCAACGACCAGCUCAAGCAGCUGAAGGAGGUGUUUGAUAUCAUUGUGAGUGAGCAACGGACCAGCGAAUGAGGCAAGCAAGAGGCGGGGAGACGGAAACUAAGAGAGAAGAAAUGGAAAUAAUUGAAAAACGUCAAAUUGGAGCUGGGUUUGUUGACAAGCAAAAUUUGAAUUGCGACUGCGACUGCGACUGUGCUCAAUAGGAUAAAGAUGGAACCGGAAGCAUCUCGGCCGAGGAAUUUGCCGAUGCUAUGGAGUCGCUCGGCCUAAGCGCCACCGACGCAGAGGCCCAGGACAUCAUCGCCGACAUUGACACCAACAAGGAUGGCCAGAUCGACUUUCACGAGUUCCUGCGGGCCAUGGCACACCCCGAGACGAACCAGGCCCUGGACCCGAACUCGCAGAAGCACGAUAUAAAUAAGGAGCAGAGGGAGCUCCUCCAGGCCUUCGAGGUCAUAGACCAGGACGGCAGCGGCUCCAUCUCGCCCGAUGAGCUGCGCCGAGCCCUGCGCCAUCUCGGCGACUUCUACACGGACGAGGAGAUCACCGAGAUGAUCAACCAUGCCGACCUGGACGGCAACGGAUCCAUCGACUACCAAGAAUUUGUUCAGCUCAUGUCGGCAAAGCAAUAGGACCAAGGUACCUGGCCCCUUUUUGCGACAGCCACAACCCAGAAUACCUUACCCAGGUGCCCCCAGAUGCACACCCCCUAAGAUAUCCCCCACAGGGUUUUCAACCCUAGUUCUCUCAGCGCCUGAUUGCACACCAUGAGUGAUGCUCGCUUCUUUCUGUCCUCGUCAUGCCUCCGUUGCGGCGUUUCCCACGGGAUAUUGCUUGUUGUCACUUCCUGAAGGAAGCCAUCGACGAGAAUCUUCCGCGCCAUGUUGAAUUCAUGUCUACCACCCUAUCCUCUAGUUUGCUUCCCUAUCACGACAGAAUACUAAAUGAUGGCCGCGUUGAGGUUCUCAUCGUAUGCUGAGCCAAUCUAUAUACGACUAAGCCUCUACAAGUCUGAUAAUCUAGCCCAAGAUCAAAAUAAAAAUGGAAAGGACGAGGCCG